UAUGGAAAAUAUUUCCCCGUUCCUUUAACCCGAUAAAAACAUGUCUAACUGGUAAAGGGUUUUCUUUUGAAGUUUGGGGUUUAAGGUUGAAGGAACCCGUCGGAAAAGUCAAAAAAAUAAAAUAAAAUGGUGUUAUCGAACAAGAAAUUGAAGCAGCAAAUUAGAGAUAAAUACGCAGAAAUUUUAAUCUCAAAAACCCCAGAUUCAGAGAUUCAAGCAAACCCAGAAACCCCAAAAUCACUGAAACAAUUUCUGGAUUCAACAAUCCAGAAACCCAGAUUGUCAAAGAGAGAGAAGCGUAGGGAAAGCUUUCCAUAUGGUGAAAACAAGGAUACCCAUGUGGAGGAAGCUUCUAGAGGGAAGAAGAGGAGAAGAGAGAAAAUAGGUGGUGAAGAUGGGGGUGGAGUUGGGCUUGAGGUGAAUGAAAAAGGCGGCCAGACUCAAAAUUUGAGUAAUAAGAAGAAAAAGAGGAAAGAGAAGGAGAAGAUUGAUGUGGGAGAAAAGAGCGGGGGUGAUGUUGAAGUGGGCGUAAAAAAUGGGGGUGGAGUUGAGCUAAAGGAGAAUGAAAAUGGCGUCGAGACUCAAAAUUUGAGAAAUAAGAAGAAAAAGAGUGAAGAGAAGGAGAAGAUUGAUGUGGGAGAGAAAAGCGGGGGUGAUGUUGAAGUGGGCGUAAAAGAUGGGGGUGGAGUUGAGCUUAAGGUGAAUGAAAAUGGCGUGGAGACUCAAAAUUUGAGUAAUAAGAAGAAAAAGAGUGAAGAGAAGGAGAAGAUUGAUGUAGGAGAGAAAAGCGGGGGUGAUGUUGAAAUGGGUGUGAAAGAUGGGGGUGAGGUUGAGCUUGGGGUAAAUGCAAUUGGGGUCGAGGGUGAGAAUUUAAGUAUUAAGAAGAUAAGGAAGAAGCCGAGGUGGAAGAAGAAUGAAUUGGGAGUGAGAAUCAGGGGUGAUGUUGAAAUGAGUCUGAAAGAAGGUAGUGAUUUGAGCACGGAAAAAAGAGUACCAGUGAAGAAGAAGAAGAAGAAAAAGACGAAGAAGUCAAAAUCGAAAGCGAAGAUUGAGGAUGUUGAGAAUGUUGAGAAUGUUGAGGAGAAGCAGUCUGUGGUUGAGAAUGUUGUAAUUCCUGAACAAAUUGUUGCCGAGACUAGUAAAGGAAAUGAUGAUGAUUGUAAGAAAGUUUAUAUUGGAGGGAUGCCCUACAGUUCGUCCGAGGAUGACGUGUGGAAUUACUUUGAUCAUUGUGGUACAAUAACCGAUAUUGAUUUUAUGAAAUUUCCUGAUACUGGAAAAUUCAGGGGUAUUGCUAUUAUCAGCUUCAAGACAGAAGAGGAAGCUAAAAAAGCCCUGGCACUAGAUGGAUCUGACAUGGAUGGCCUAUUCCUGAAAAUUCAACCAUACAAGGCAACUCGUACCACUAAACCAUCAUCAGAGUUCACCCCACCAGUGAUAGAGGGGUAUAACAGGAUAUAUGCUGGAAACUUGUCAUGGGAUAUUACAGAAGACGACUUACGAAAGAUGUUCAGCGAUUGUACUAUAGCAUCCAUCCGGUUUGGAGAGGAUAAAGAAACUGGUGAAUUCAAAGGAUACGCACAUGUAGACUUCUCUGACAGUGACUCUCUUACAAAGGCAUUGAAACUAGAUCAGAAGUUAGUUUGUGGAAGGCCUGUGAAAAUAAGCCGUGCAGUCCCUGGGAAAUUAGCUAUAAAAAAUCCGGGAUAUGUCCCAGCAACACCAACUGUAAAACCUCAAGAGGAUAAUAGCGGAGUGAUGCCACCAGCUGAUAAACCCGAAGAGAAGUACAGUGAAGUUGUGCCACCAGUUGUGAAACCAGUAGAGAAUUAUUACAAUGAAGUUAUGCUGCCAGCUGUACAACAACCGCAAGAGAAUACUAGCGGAGUUAGCUCGGGAAAGCUCAAGAGAAGGACUUGCUAUGAAUGUGGUGAACGCGGUCAUAUUUCUUCUGCCUGUCCGAAGAAACAAGCUACUGAAACCUCCUGAAAUUUCAACCGAGAAAUUCUCUGUGGAGACUAAAAUAGGGAAAAUGAUUUUGAUCCUCACUUGAAGAGUUAAAUUGGACAAUUUUGAGUUCGGAAUUUGUACCAUUAUUUUUGUAGGAGCUAUUUGAACACUUUGCACUAUCCAAAGGGACAGGUAAGAUCAAUUUUUUUGUUAUCUCAGAUAAAUGAGUUUCUUUUAUCGCAAAUCAACCAAAGAUCAAACUUUUGGUUCAUAUUGCUAACUUGUAUACAUACAAAAUCUAUCUUUCACCCAAGUGACACAUAGAGCUUAAGAUCUAGGUAAUAUCUAAGGUAUUUUUUGUGUGCUAA